GAAGGAGCAGGGUAUAAAAGUGGGAGAGAGCCCGAGCACAUCAGUCCUGGUCCAAGAUGGCCAAGCUCACUCUGCUCACCGGCCUGGCCCUGCUGCUGAACGCCCACGUCGGCACUGCCUAUGUGCUGACCUGUUACUUCACCAACUGGGCCCAGUACAGGCCUGGCGAGGGCAAAUACACCCCUGAGAACAUCGACCCCAACCUGUGCAACCACCUGAUCUACGCCUUCGCCGGCAUGAACAACAACGAGAUCACCACCUACGAGUGGAACGAUGAGACCCUGUACAAGUCCUUCAACGGCCUCAAGAACCAGAACAGGAACCUGAAGACCCUUCUGGCCAUUGGAGGAUGGAAUUUUGGCACAGAGAAGUUCACCACCAUGGUUUCCACACCCCAGAACCGCCAGACCUUCAUCAACUCCGUGGUCAGGUUCCUGCGCCAGUACGGAUUCGACGGGCUGGACCUGGACUGGGAAUACCCCGGCUCCAGGGGCAGCCCAGCCCAGGACAAGGGUCUCUUCACCGUCCUGGUUAAGGAACUGCUGGCAGCCUUCGAGCAGGAAGCCAAACAGACCAGCCGGCCCCGGCUCAUGGUCACCGCCGCUGUGGCUGGAGGACUUUCCACCAUCCAAGCUGGCUAUGAGAUUGCUGAGCUGGGCAAGUACCUGGAUUACAUCCACGUGAUGACCUACGACUUCCACGGGCCCUGGGACGGCUCCACGGGCGAGAACAGCCCCCUGUUCAGUAGCGGCACCCUCAGUGUUGAAUACGCCAUGAACUACUGGAAGAACAACGGUGCCCCAGCUCAGAAGCUCCUGGUGGGAUUCCCAGCCUACGGGAAAACCUUCACCCUGCAGAACCCAUCCAACACCGGCAUCGAGGCCCCAGCCUCCGGCCCUGGUCCUGCGGGACCCUACACCAGGGAGGCCGGGCUCUUGGCUUACUACGAGAUCUGCACCUUCCUGAACUCCGGAGCCACCCAGGCUUGGGAUGAACCCCAGGACGUGCCCUACGCCUACAAGGGCAGCGAAUGGAUCGGCUACGACAACGUCAAGAGCUUCGGCCUCAAGGUGGAUUGGCUGAAGAAGAACAACUUUGGCGGGGCCAUGGUCUGGACCAUCGACCUGGAUGACUUCACCGGCACCUUCUGCCACGAGGGCAAAUACCCCCUGAUCUCCACGCUGAAGAAGGGCCUGGGGCUGUGACCGCGCCGUGAGUGAGCCGGGAGGGAGCCGGGCUUCGUGCCCCUUCUGCCGGCUCCAGAGGCCGCGGGGCUGGGAACGCCGUGGGACCGUGGGAGGGGGGGGCAUUUAAACACCAUCCCUUCCCCAAGGAAAAUCCUGCUUUCUUUUCAGGCUGCAAGAGCUCUGCACAGCGCUGUCCUCACGGCCCUGCAGCUGCUCAGGGUGUGGGAGGAGCUGCAGUGCCGACGGUGGGGACCGGCCAUGGAGAUCCCGAUGUUGUUCCAGCCCAUUGAUCCUCUGAUCCAACUGCACACAAUAAGAAUGAUUAAAUAAAGCUUUCUGCAAAAGCAACCA